AUGUCAUCAAUUGGUUCAGGUUACGAUUUAAGUGCAUCACAAUUUUCACCCGAUGGUCGUGUUUUCCAAGUGGAAUAUGCAAAUAAAGCUGUAGAAGCCAGUGGAACGGUAGUUGCUUUACGAUGCAAAGAUGGAAUCGCUUUUGCUGUAGAAAAAAUCAUAACAUCCCGUCUUUAUGAAUCCGGUUCGAAUAAACGUAUUCAUAAUGUUGAUAAACACAUUGGAAUGGCUGUCGCAGGUCUUCUUGCUGACGCUCGUCAAUUAUUAACUGUUGCUCGAGAUGAAGCAAAACAAUACAAACAUGAUUAUGGAGUAUCCAUUCCUGUGAAAUACUUAGCAGAUCGUUUGGCGAUGUAUAUGCAUGCUUAUACAUUAUACGGUUUUGUGCGGCCAUUUGGUUGUUUUAUUUUGUUAGCUGCUUAUGAAAGUGAUGGUCCGCAAUUGUACGGCGUUGAACCGUCCGGUGUUACUUAUGCCUAUCAUGGUAUUGCGGUUGGUAAAGCUCAACAAACAGCAAAGACUGAAAUUGAAAAACUUAAAUUAUCUGAAUUGAAAUUAGAAGAUGGUAUUAAUGAAGCAGCGAAAAUUAUCUAUCAAGUACAUGACGAAGUUAAAGAUCGAAUGUUCGAAUUAGAAUUAAGUUGGGUUGGUCAAGUCAAUGAUGGCAAACAUGAACGAGUACCAGCGCAAAUCUUUGCAAAAGCUGAAAGCUUUGCUAAGGCUUCAUUGGAAGAGGCAGAUGACGAUGAUGAUGAAAUGUAG